UCAAAGCAGGUUUCUUCCUGAGUUUUUGAUCCGUUUAAAAGACUUUUAAUAGUGAAAAGAGCCAACUGGCGAAGGACUCAACGCACGUCAAAGGAAAAUUCAAUAUUUUCCUGAUACCGAGAGAAGACUUGUCUAGUGAUAAAUUUUUGAAAUUCAGAUCUGGACCGAGAAGAGGGCGAAUGUCUUGCAGCUGAGAUGUACCUGUUACUGUGAAUAAAACAAUAACUGCUUCACAGGGAUAUCUUCAAAGCGAAUUGAUAAUGGCGGACACCGAAGAACCUCGACCAGAUCCCGUCGAGGGGGUAGACGAGAAGGAUUCCACGAAAAAAUCCAGUUUUCCCAAAAGAUAUGUAGUGGCCAUCAUGAUCUUUCUUGGUAUCUGUGUGCAAUACGCUCUCCGAGUGAACCUUAGUGUAGCAAUAGGAGCCAUGUGCAAUAACCACACUGUGGAGCAGAAUGGAUUUACCAUACAGAAGAAAGCUGAAUUUGAAUGGAGUUCAAAGCUUCAAGGCACAAUACUUGGAGCGUUUUACUAUGGCUACACUGCUAUGCAGAUCCCAGGCGGUUGGUUAGGUCAGCGGUUUGGAGGAACCCGCGUGUUCGGGAUCUGUCUCGGGAUCGCCUCAAUACUCACCAUGCUCACACCAAUUGCAGCGCGCACCAGUGUCGCAGCUCUAAUUACUCUCAGGGUGAUAGAAGGGUUGGCUUUGGGUGCUCUUUUCCCGUGUAACCACGCAAUUUGGAGCAAAUGGGCACCACCAUCUGAAAGAACUCGACUUUUUACCAUAACCGUUGCAGGUUGUCCAGUGGGUACUAUCCUAUCUAUGCCACUGAGUGGCAUUAUGUCUAAAUAUGGAUUUGAUGGGGGAUGGGCCUCCGUGUUCUACUGCUUUGGAGCAAUUGGUCUUCUUUGGUUCUUUAUAUGGCAACUAGCGAUCCAUGGCUCUCCAUCAGAGCAUCCUACUAUCACUCCUGAAGAAAGAGACUAUAUAGAGGAGAGUAUAGCGAAGCUACCCCAGGCUAAGAAAGGCCAGGUUCCUUGGAAAUCGAUUUUGACAUCACUUCCCGUGUGGGCCAUCGUCACAGCUAAUUUCACUGCAGACUGGGGCAUGUAUACCAUCCUGAUCUGUCUCCCUAAAUAUUUCAUUGAGGUUUUGCACUUCGACCUUGCUAAGACUGGGUUUCUGGCGGCGUUGCCAUAUGUUGUCAAAGCUUUUGUUGGACCUGCCGGAGGUAUUCUGGUGGAUUGGCUCAUUAAAAACAAGAUGUCCGUUAGAAACACGAGAAGAUGCGUUUUUACCUUUGGUUGUACCACAGCUUCGAUCUUCAUCUUGAUAACAGGAUAUGCUACGACUCCGGCUCUUGCCGUUGCUUUUCUUACCAUUGGUGUGGGUAUCACGGGUCUGAAUGCUUCAGGUUAUGCCGUCAACAUCCUUGAUAUUGCGCCUCAGUACGCAGGCGUCAUAAUGGGUGUGACUAAUGUUUUUGGUGCGUCACCGGGCUUCAUUAGCCCACAGAUUGUUGGAAUUGUCACUCCUAACAAGACCGCUGGCGAGUGGCGCAUUGUAUUUUGGAUCACAGCGAUCGUGUACAUCAUUGGUAUUGUGAUCUUUGGUCUGCUGGUCUCAGGUGAUCUGCAACCCUGGGCCCAACAUGAAGACAAGAAGGAGGAAGAAGAUGGAAAAAAGGAAGAAGAUGAAGAAAAAGCAGCUGAAAAACAAGAAAAAUCGGAUGAAGAUAAGAAAGAGGAUGAAAAACCACAGGAAAGUCAAGAAGAGGCGAAUAAAGAAGAACAAGCUGAAGACAAACCUGCAGAGUAAUCGUAACAGUCGGAUAAUAUUACAAUCUUGUUUUGCUGAAAGACCUUCAUAGAUGUUAAAUUAAAUUAAAGCUUGUUAUUCUUCAUGACAACGUGUUAGCAAAAUACCUAUUAACUGUGAAAAUUGAGGGUAUAGUCUAUGAUGCUUAACCGGAAUAUUCGCUAUUCUUUGUCGAGUCCUCAACAUUUUAAUUCACGUUUAAUUUAAACGUGGUUGUCUAAACAGUUCUGUUAUUAUUUUGAUUUUAACUGCUAUAUUUUAAAAAUGCUUUUCCCUAUCAAUAGCAUGAUAAACCAGUAAAAAACCUUACGAGCAAAACAAUCAUAUAAUACGCGUCUGCUGCAGGUCUCAUUUUUAUCUUACACUUUAAUAACUGUAACGGUAAGGUUUUCGAAACUAUCUUUGCCGAAUGUAUCCUUGGAUUCCUGUGCUCAAAGUUCCACGUCCAUUCACAAGGCGUGAAUGUCCUCGAAGCUACAAGCUAGACGUCAACAUGAAAAAAUGUUUCAACUCGCAAUCGUUGUUUUUAAUUUGCAUUUUCUGCGAGAACGACAACUGGUGAUUGAAUGAUUGCAUGGAAGCGACGGAUGCAUGCAACGCAUUUUCUUUCAAUUCUCUUAUUGUUUAUUUCCCAUGUUUUCGAAGCGAGGAAAAUUACAACCAACGGGCUGGAUUUAAUCAUCAAGAAUCAUAAUUCUUUUCGUAAAUAGAGUGUAAAACCAUUUCAAAAAUCUUAAGUUUGUAAUACACAAAUUUAUUAAGUGUUCUUUCCUUUGACGCUCUGAGAAUAAUCUCAGGUUAGAUAAACAAAAUCUGUUUAUUGUUCAUUUCUCACUUAAAAUUUGUUUCAUUUCGUUAAACACUUUCUUUGCUCGUAUCGACCGUUAUCUGAGUUUCCUGAGUACUAUGUUGUCAUGUCCAAUAAAAGUAAGAUAGUCUGUCAAGCCAGCUAUCAAGCCAAGCUGAAAUAAAGAA